ACAAGAUGGCGGACAGUGCGGAACUAAAGGGGGAUCUUGCUGGUGAUAUUGCAUGAGACCUUAGGAAGCACUCCCCCCCCACCUUCUACAAAUUAUGCAGUCUACAUAAUACUAAAGAUAAAAGCAAAUGGUUAUGAGCCUUAGAGUUUCUGAGCUGCAAGUACUUCUGGGAUACGCGGGGAGGAACAAGCACGGACGCAAACACGAACUUCUCACAAAAGCACUGCAUUUGUUAAAAGCCGGCUGCAGCCCUGCUGUCCAAAUGAAAAUUAAAGAACUCUAUAGGCGGAGGUUCCCUCAGAAAAUCAUGACACCUGCAGACUUGUCUCUCCCCAGCGUACACUCAACUUCCAUGCCAGCAACUUUGUCUCCAUCUACCAUUCCACAGCUCACUUACGAUGGCCACCCUGCAACGUCACCAUUGCUUCCUGUUUCUCUUCUGGGACCUAAACAUGAACUGGAACUUCCCCACCUAACAUCUGCGCUCCACCCUGUCCAUCCAGACAUAAAGCUUCAGAAAUUACCUUUUUACGACUUGCUGGAUGAACUGAUAAAACCAACUAGUCUAGCAUCAGAUAAUAGCCAGCGAUUUCGAGAAACCUGUUUUGCAUUUGCAUUGACACCGCAACAAGUGCAGCAAAUCAGCAGUUCAAUGGACAUUUCUGGGACCAAAUGUGACUUCACAGUGCAGGUCCAGCUAAGGUUUUGUUUAUCAGAAACCAGUUGUCCACAAGAAGAUCACUUCCCACCCAAUCUGUGUGUGAAAGUAAAUGGGAAACCAUGUAGCCUUCCAGGCUAUCUUCCACCAACCAAAAAUGGUGUUGAACCAAAGCGACCUAGCCGACCAAUCAAUAUUACCUCACUUGUCAGAUUGUCUACAACGGUACCAAACACCAUCGUCGUUUCAUGGACUGCAGAAAUUGGAAGAAAUUACUCUAUGGCAGUUUAUCUUGUAAAACAGCUGUCUUCUACAGUUUUACUACAGAGGUUACGAGCAAAAGGAAUAAGGAACCCUGAUCAUUCUAAAGCACUAAUAAAAGAGAAACUGACUGCAGACCCAGACAGUGAAAUAGCUACAACCAGUUUAAGAGUUUCUCUUCUCUGUCCACUUGGGAAAAUGCGGCUAACUAUCCCAUGUAGGGCCCUGACUUGUUCACAUCUGCAGUGUUUUGAUGCCACUCUGUACAUUCAAAUGAAUGAGAAGAAACCUACUUGGGUUUGCCCUGUUUGUGACAAGAAGGCUCCCUAUGAACACCUCAUUAUUGAUGGGUUGUUUAUGGAAAUCUUGAAGUACUGCACAGACUGCGAUGAAAUUCAGUUUAAGGAGGAUGGGUCAUGGGCUCCCAUGAGAUCAAAAAAGGAGGUUCAAGAAGUAACUGCUUCUUAUAAUGGAGUUGAUGGAUGCAUAAGUUCUUCUUUGGAUCAUCAGGUGUCUUCUCACCAUCAAUCAAAUAAAAAUAAGAAAGUAGAAGUGAUUGAUCUAACCAUAGACAGCUCCUCAGAUGAAGAGGAGGAAGAACCGUCUGCCAAGAGGAGCUGUCCUUCCAUUUCUCCUGCAUCACCGCUGAAUAAUAAGGGCAUUUUAAACCUACCCCAUCAAGCAUCUCCAGUUUCAAGAACCCCAAGCCUUCCUGCUGUUGACACAAGUUACAUGAAUACAUCACUUAUUCAGGACUACAGGCAUCCAUUCCACAUGACACCUAUGCCUUAUGAUUUACAAGGAUUAGAUUUCUUCCCUUUCCUAUCAGGAGACAAUCAGCAUUACAACACUUCCCUUCUUGCCGCUGCAGCGGCGGCAGUUUCUGCGUCCGAUGAUCCAGAACUCUUGCACCCUCGUUUUUUCCCAUACGCUUCAUCCCAGAUGUUUCUUGAUCAGUUGAAUGCAGGAGGCAGCAGUACUCUUCCAGCCACUAAUGGUAGCAAUAGUGGCAGUAACAGCAGUCUUGUGUCCUCCAAUAGCUUGCGAGAGAAUCAUGGCCACCCAGUUGCAAAUCGAAGCAGCACAGACACGGCAUCGAUCUUUGGCAUACCAGACAUUAUUUCAUUGGACUAAUUCGUGGACUAAAUGAACUUGUCAGAAAAAGAGAUCAUUGUGCUUGGUUUUAUCUUACUCUAUUUAGAAAUGUAGACAAGGUGUUUUUUCCUGUUUUAGGAAAAAAAACUUAAGACAUGUACAGAGAACAGAACUAUAUUUUCAGUUUUACUUUUGUAUAUAAACCUAAGAUGGCCUGACUGGUAAAACAAAACAAAAAGAAAAAAAAGUACAAAAAGGAAAAAAAGAAAGAAACUUCAGUUCAUUUUUCUGGAUGCUGAAGAUUUUACACUUAUGCAUUUGUCCUGUGAGUUACUUAUUUUAGUUUGGACACCCAUGGCAUUAUUUUCUUCACAGUAAUGUUAAUGAAAAAGGAAAGGAAUUUCUGAAGUUUUACGUUGCAGGAGGAUUUUUCUUUUGGAAACGCCAUUUACAAUUGAUGGUAGAACUGAAUUCCUCUUAACCCUUUUUCAGCACAGAUUUAUGAUGCUUAAAGUGAUAUAAACCCUACUUGUACUGUUCCACUGCAUUCCCUCUGUAGUGCAAGAUAUGGGAGUGUGUUUUAAAUGUCAUUUCUGGUUCUAUAUGGUUGUAUAUUCAGUUGGCAUGGGGAGUUCCAGCUCUUUCAUCAAACAUUGUUGCAGGCUCAUUAGUAUGUCAGUUACUCUUAUGGGUUAGACUCGAUACAAUCUGAAGCUGAAGUAUUGUUUUGAGACAGGACAGUUUUAUAGAAUCUAGCCCCAUAUAAAAGCCCUGACACACCUUCACACUAGGUUUUUAUUUCUAAUCUCCAGUAUUAAUUCUUUCAAUAAUUACGAUCCCAGUCAACAAGGUACUGAAACGUGUGUUAAAUUUUAAGGUGUGGAACUAGUCAUGUGCUUUAAAGUUAGCAGUGUACUUAAGGAGCUUACUGAAUUGGGGCCAAAAUGGCUCCGUCAGUGAAUACCUACUUUUGGCCACAAUAGAUUACAUUUCUGCUAAAAACAAACCUGUCAAACACAGAGAAGGAAAUAGGGUUUAAAAUGCACUGUUGCAUGGUUUGUGCUGCUGUCAGUGGUAGUGAUCCAUCAUCUUCUGACUUCACGUGCAUCAAAAUUCAGUUAAUAUUGAAUGUUAGACAUUAAGCUUAAAAAACCAACCAAACAAAAACACCAUCCAAACCAUAGCCCACUCACUUAACUGGGCUGGAACGUCUGUCUGUAGAAAUCUAUCAGUGGUCACUGACUGGAUUUUUCUCUUUUUGGUCUCCUAGUUAUUUUGAGUGAUUCCCUGUUUUUAAGUAUGCUUAUAUUGAACUCUUGAGAGCUAUAUGUGCUCUACAGUUCCUGUUCCUUUUUUUUUUUUUUUUUAAGACAUGCAUGACAUAGGAAAGUCUUUUUUAGAACUGAUGGAUCAUUUGGACUGAUCCAUUCUUAUUAAAUAGAGAAACAUGUAAAUAGAUGGAAAGCAGUUUUUCAGGAGAUUCUUUAAAAUAAGAGUUGGGGGUGGGUGGGAGGGGGAGGUGAUUCUAUUGUGUCCCAAAGUCCUCACCAGAGAGAGUGAAUAUGUCCUCUGGUGUGAAAGAUAUUUUUUUAGCUAGUUGAAAGUGCAGGUAACAAGCUUAUCAGGAAGGACAGGAAGAAAUACCACAAUUGGCAGAUUCCUGUCCGAAUUUUUAUGUUCCAAAAAGUUGAUAUCAGCUAGUUUGAGCAUUGAUAAGGGCCACCUUUCACAUAUAAAGUUGUCUCUUUAAACCUUACAUUGAUUUAAAAAAAAAAAAUUACUUUAAUCCAAGUAGAAUUAGGCAUUGCCGUAAGAUUAGUUGAAUGGUAAAUUGACAGGUUCACAUGAAUAUGUGGCAUCAAAAUUGUUUUUAGAGUUUUUACAGCAUCCCUCCACCACUGAAUAGUUGACUUGAAUUUUGAAAACAAAAUGUUUGUGUUUAUAUGUAAAUGUGUGUGUAUAUAUGUAUUUAUAGAUCAGUGUGUGAGUCAAAAGUGAGUUAAAUAGUUUUUCCCAUGCAUGUGUAUUCCAUACAUAUCUGGCUGAUAUAGAUAUAUAUUUCACCAUACACCUGUUUUAUAAUUUAUUAAAUGUCAGUUUAAAAUAAAAGGAGAAAACAGGAAAUAUUUCAUUUUUAAAUUCAGUCUGAGACUGAGGUAUUUAAACCUUCAUUAGGACUAUAACUAGUUGAUAAAUUUUAGUCUAGCAAAUCCAUUGGGUUAUUAAAUUGGUAAUUAGUGAGCAGAUGCUUCACUGUAAUACCUAGUAUGAAUCUGAAGUGACUGAUUCCUCCAGACUCGCACCAGUGUAACUGAGAGCAGAUAUGGCCCCGCCUUCUAAAACUGGUAAGAAAAAGAAAAUUAAAGAAUGAAAUUCUGGGGAGUUGAUGGCUGUUUUACAUCUGAGUGGUGGCAGUGUUCAUACCGAUUCUGCUGUGUUAAAGGUUAACUGACCAUCUGCUUUUAAAAACAAAAUUAAAAAUUUAAUUAAAACCUCGACAACCCUAGAGAACUGAAUGUGGCAAAUAUAUUGUAAAAGAGUUGGAAAUCUUUCAUCCUUAGCUUACCUCCCAAAAGCCAAGCUCAGCCGGUGAUCCCCCAAACCAGCUAAAUAAGAGCAGAAAGGCUUUUCAGUUCAGCUUCAUGUUUUAAUCCCAUUAUUCCACAUAGGUCAGCAAAUGCUCUUUGAUUCUCCUAUGUGGUAUUUAUUCUGUAUGUUUUUUGUGGAUAUUUGUUUCAUUCUCUGAGCUUUUGUAAGAUUGAUAACUUGCUGGAACUUUGUAUCUGUCUGCAGUUAAUAUUAUUUAGCAGAUAUCUGUCUGAAUUCUCCAGGAAUUCCUUACAAUUUAGUUUAAAAAAAAAUCACUCAUUGCAUAUUUAUUGAAGAUGCAGUAAAGUAACUCCUGCUUUUAGCUGGUUUGCAGUACUGCUAACCUGACUGUAGAUUACUGAAUCUGUGUAACCCUUAGGCUGUGGAGUACCAAUAUUUUCCUUUGUCCUCAAAUUCUUCCACUAGAAGGGGGCAUGUGUGUGCGUGUCUGUCUGUUAUGUAUAUUACCGCAUGUGUGUGUGGCUGUACACACAGAUCUGAGUAAAUAGCUGUUAUUUCAAUAGCAGGGCUGAAGUGGUUUUGAAUCACUUGUGGGCAUUAUUGGAUGCAUUCUUUUAAAAAACAAAACGCAAAACAAAAUCUGAACUAUGCUAAAAUCUGACAUACUGAGCGUUUAAAAUAUUUUGUAGUGCUUUCCUGAAUAUAGGCAUUGCAGCAAUUCUGUGCCUGUUCGUUACCCUCCAUGGCAAAGAUUCAAAAAGCCUCCGGGGGGGUGUGUGGGGGUGUGGCUUGUAGAAUUUUUUUUGAACUGGCUUGGAGCUGCCUUCUAAUUGAAAGCUAAGAACUGUGGGGAGAGUAUAUCGCAGAGAAUCCUUCAUUGCAUUGACAUUUCAGGGUUUUAAAGCACAUUUUAACAUGUAUUCAGAAAGGAGUUUGUUUUAUCAAUGUAAGUGUUCAUUUUUCUUAUUUUCUUUUUAAAAAGAGCUUACAUUUGUAACAAGGGAGAAUAGCUGGUGGUCCCAGAAAGUGCUGCUGUUAAUUGUUUUAAUUAACAAAGGGGAAAUGUAUAUAAGCAGAGUAUUAACAAGUUACCAUUAAUUCCAUGAAUUUAAAUCUGUGAUUCAUUGCCUUAAAAUUUCUCUUAGUUUCCAUAUGGCAUGCCAAACCAGUAAAAUGGCUUUUAAAAAUGUAUAGUAGACCGAUGUCAGUUUGUAUAAAAGUACCAAGUGAAAAUAUUUAUUACAUGCAUUGGAAAAAAUUGUUUACCUACUGAAUGUUACUUGUUUAUGUAGAAAUCUUUAGAUGUAAUAAAAAAAAAAUCAGUAAU